AUGUAUUCUCACCUGCAUGAAGUUUCUUUACCUGCAGGUUUUCAGGUAUUAAAUGUGCCCAUCUGGAGGAUCUCGACUUUUGGAAGGCCAAUCUACCAUGACAAGAGCUUCAUGGUCCAGGUUCACACCAAUGAGCUCAGCGUGGAGAUCAAUCCCGAAAGCAGGUAUCUCUACCAGCGGAUGCGCGAACAGCUCCGCGAAGCCAAUGUGCGAGGUGGAAUGAAGCCUGUGGCCACUGUGCACGGUGAAUUGGCGGCCUCCAUCGAGCAACAGGAUGAACGCAGAAGCACAGACGUGCAGCGCAUAAACUCUGCGAGAUUUUCGGCCACCGACUGA